AUGGUUGACAGCGACGCUGACAGCUGGUACAAUUGGAAACAGGAUGAUUUCAAUAAAUCGCACCGCGGAAGGGGCGUUAAUGCCACGAACGAUGCACGAUUGACUGGUUCCAGUCAUUUAAAUCGUUUAACGUCCGACGAUAGUCAGAAAGGAAGUUCGCGAAGCAACGGAUUAAUUCUCAACUCUGCGGCCCCUACGAGCUCUAGAUCCGAUGCAGAAAUUCGAUUCAUUAAUCCAGCUAUUUACGCCGAAACUUUGAACAACGGGGACGAUGAUAGAGAGAUACAAAUUCGCGUGAAGGUCAGUUCCAAAGACAGUGGACCUAUUGAAGGGAAUUGCGGCGACUUUACGGGAAAAAGCGACGUUCGUUCUACGCUGUCCAUCAAGAAUGAUCUGUCCACCUCGUUCGUGGACCACGCGGGCGAUCAAGCUUCGGCUCAAGAAACGUAUCGUUGUUAUUCCUUGAAUUCACCGACCACCUCCUUGGAAUCUGGUGUUCCGCGGUCUAAGUCUGUAAUCUCGUGUAGACCUUCCAAUCAAGUCGUCGAGAGACGAUGUAGAAUCGGCGUUAGAGCAGACGAACGCGACGAGGUUUGCUCCGUCAACCGAGUCGACACGGAAGAGCAGAGAUAUUCGUUCAAUGGACACCGCAUCGUGCAAGUGUCUACGACAUCGUUAUCCAGCAUUAGCAUUUCGGAGAACAGAUUGACCGAGAGCGAUCUCCUCAAAAGAAUCCCGUACCACGAGUGGAUGCGAAAGAAGCAGCAAGCUGCGCGGCAAAAGAAGGUGGAAGAAGAUCAGGCCGAAAGGAAGAAGCAAAUAGAGGCGGAGAGACUGGCGCGCGAGAAGGAAGAAAGGGAAUCCCAGGAGCGGGAGAAUUUUUUAAAGUGGUCCGAGAGGAAGAGGAGAGAAGAGGAGCGGAAGAAAGCGAUGGUCGAGAAGGAAUUGGAUCUACAGAGACAGUUGAAAGAGAUCGAGGAGAAGGCUGUCGUGGCGAAGAGCCUGUAUCUUCGCCAGUGGGCUCGGAAGAAGAAGGAGGAAGAGAAAGCUCGUCAAAAGAAAGAGGAGAUGAAACGGCAACAGGUUGCUGAGGAGAAGAAGAAAAGGCUAGAAGAAAGUACGAAAGCUUACGAAAAUUGGCGAAAGAACGCGAAGAACAAACCUAAGCCGGCUACGCAAGGACUUCUGCCUCAUCAAAAAGCAAAGCCAGCUUACGUAAACCCUAUGCCCUGGCAACCAAUUAUCGACGACACCGAGGAUAGCGAGGAAAAUCCAUCGAAUGUCCGAAAAACGCAAUGCCAGCCCAAGAUUAGCAAUAAGAGAUACACUACACCUUAUCAGUGA